CCCGACUGAGCCAUUUCAGGAUCCAACUCGGCGCUACUCUUAAAUAUGUGCCCUUGCAUAAAGAAGUUUCGUAUCCUCUGUCCAUCAAGGCGGUGGAGUGUCCCGCGUCGCCCCAGCACGUAUCUCCGGCCUUCGCUGCCCGGGGCUUGGGCCGCGACUCGCGCCCACCGAGCUUUGACGGCUCUUCGUUGGACGGUUCCGAAGCAAACCAAUCCGCUGCUCGAGGAUACACCGCCGCCGCUUCGGGGCUGCCUUGCGGUCUUCGCUCGGGAGAGAACAUGGACUUCCCCAAUCACAAGAAUCUCAGGAGAUCCGGCCAAUCAUGAUCAUUGGCGCCUCUGGGAGGCAGCUUUCAUGCCAGCACUAGAUACCUACUCUCCUACCUCUACCUAGGUACCUGCCUAGGCACGCGCUUACUGCGGCUUCGUGCUACCAACGAGUCUCGGCGAGCGGCAUUCCAUUGGACAUGAGCAUCGCGGAGGUGCUGCUCCCUCACACCUGCUCGAUGCAUUGUCCUGCGGGCAUCUCCGAUACGAUUCCAGUCUUGACUGCGAGCUCGGGGAGGUUCGCCCUCUGGCAAGAGCUUUUGACUGUGGAUAGUCACGGUUCAUCAAUCCCAAGCGAUCGACAGCCCCUCGAGGAAUCUGAAGGUCCUGCUGAUACAGAACUGUUUUGGUCAACAUAGGGAAGCCUUGUAGCCAUCGAUCGCCCGCUACAGCGAGAUGUACCGGUGCGAUAACGACAAUCUCAAUGGCGAUUAAACACUCUCUGAGAUACCUUCAUACUUCCUGCGAUGCCAAUUAGGUCGCGGUUUCGCUGUUUUGGACAAUCACGCUGGCUAACGGAACAGCUGCGAACGUUUUCACGCCGCCAACGGUCCUUUCGCGGCAGACCCGCCAAUAAUGCUUGCUUGCAACCGCUCCACAGAGUUCAUGUCACAUGUGUCAAUCAUCCAAUGAACUGGUGGGCUCGCGGGACCGCGGCGCAAGCUGAGGUUAUGGCGUUCACUUUCGCCGUUUCACGCCACGUGGAACGCGGAUAUCCGCAUUGCCACCCGGCAUGACCACUAUCGGGUUUGGAGGUACCAAGCUCGUCAUAUGCAAACACGUAAAGAAACUCUCCGUAUGUCACGGGUGGGAGACUCAUACCGAUGCGUCGUCGUUGAGGGUAGGUUUCACAGCCUUCACCCCCGUUGUCGCAUGAACCAUGCCAAACUUUAUGGUAUACUACGCUCAAGACAUCAAGGCAUGACAGGUAUCUAUUAAUUUAUGGGUAUGCAGAAAUUCAACCGGCAAACCUGUGAUCGGGACUGGUCUAAUAGGGACUCACGCCCACCACGAAAAAAAUCGCAGUUUUACAGGAGGUUCCAAAGCUCAAGUGAAUUUUUCCAUUCGAAGCACGCUGCCGGCAAAUAUGGAGCGACGAAGCGUUCCGCGUCACGACAUUGAAACGGGGUCGAGACAAAUGCCGUCGACGUCAGGGAUUCAAUACCAGCACCCAUUCAGCCGCGGGAUCCGGAACGCUGGAACUGAGAGCACACCGAUAACGGAGUGAGCGCAGAUGGCUUCCACCUAAUGACACACGGGCGGGCACCUAGACAGCAAUCAACAACCUCCUCCGCCAAUGGCCUGGCGCGGAUUUCCAAACUCAAUACCAUGGUAAAAAGGAGGGGCACUAAAAGUGUCGGGUGGGCCCGACUGUGUGAGCCAGCCGGUCGGGCGUGUUCCAGGCGCAAAGCAGCCAAACAGUCACUCCAAAGUGCCAAAGCGUUGAGUUUCCGAGUGAUGGUAGCUGCUCUCUCGCCUCGCAUCCGCCACUUCGAGCUCACCGACUGAGGAAGUGGCAAGCGCAGUGCCCUGUGGACCUUCCUCAACCCGCGCCGCGCCGAAAUCAAAACCGCCCGCCGGCCCCUCACUCCGCUUCCCGCUAUUUCCUGAAUCUUCCAAGCCCGAGACACAAAACAGCCUCUCCCAUAACUCUGUUACCACGCGCCGAUAACGCCUCAAAGACAACUCCGAGGCGAGCGAGGGAACAAGAAAGAAACAACCCGACGCCCAGCGACCGUCUAAACCAUGGCUCCAGGUAUAGAUGAAAAGGUCGCGGGCGCGCCCAAGGGUACCGCCACCCAAGAUUUUGUUGAUCCCGGAAUCGUCCCGAUCCCCAAGAUUUCUGGCGACUGGACCGUCGACAAAGUGUUGGCCACGGUCGAAGCCGAUAAGCCAGAGGAGGGCUCCGACUCGCCACUACCAUACUUCCACCUGCUGGAGCGUCUCAAGACUACCAAGCGAGAGGGAUGGCGCAGGUUCAAAAUCGACAGAGGCGAGUCCAUCGCGGACCACAUGUAUCGCAUGGCCAUGAUGUCGAUGCUCGCGCCACCGGCCCUCGCCCCGCGCCUUGACCUGAAUAAGUGCAUGAAGAUGUGCCUUAUCCACGACAUGGCCGAGUCGCUCGUUGGCGAUAUCACCCCGGUUGACGGCGUCCCGAAACCCGAGAAGGCACGCCGCGAAGCCUCCACCAUGGACUACAUCACGUCGACACUCCUGGGAAAGACGUACGGCAGCAGCAGUGGCGGUGCAACGGCUGACGGCAGCGCCACGGGUCCUCUGGGCAAGCUCGUCGGCGAGGACAUCCGGGCAAUCUGGCAGGAGUACGAGGACUCGAAGACUCUGGAGAGUAAAUACGUCCACGACAUCGACAAGAUGGAGCUCCUGUGCCAGAUGGUGGAGUACGAGAAGCGCUGCGAGGGAAAGUUGGACUUGGGCGAGUUCGCCUACGUGGCUAGCCGCAUGGAGCUGCCCGAGACGAUCGCGUGGGGCCAGGAGGUGCUCCGCGAGCGCGAGGCCUUCUGGGCCAGCAAAGCCGGCGGUGGGAAGCAUCUGCGCGGCGAGAGCAAAGUCGCCGGCGGUGUGGAGGCGACCAAGGUAGCCAUGCAGGAUGCCUACUACACAAAGGAGAACUAGGAGGUUGAAAUUACCCCACACUUUGUCGCGGCAUUUCUACAGGGGCAUUAUCGGCGUCGGAAUCAAGGGGGAAAGUCCGUCAUGCAUAAUACGGUGGGGAGGGAUCCCGUCCUGGCUGGUUUGCAGAUACCCAUAUAACGUUAGAAGUUUAGACACAGAAUAGCAUCAUUGAUGGCUCCUGCGCAUUCUCUCGGCGAAGC